CAUGCACACACAGUCCUCAGUACUGGAAUGAGGUUGGAUUAUAGCUGAGAAUGUGCUCGGUAACUUAACACUUUCUAAAGCAGCAGGCGCAACAGAGUCAGACCAAAGUGAUGCUGCUCUUGAGUGGAGUGCUGUUGCUGUGUAAACUGCUGCUGCUGGUCAUCACCAACUACAAUGCUGCAGCCACUCUGUGUUUUGGGGGGCAAGACGUGUUUACGUCGGUCAGAGAGAACAGCCCUGCAGGAACACUUGUGGCCAACCUCAGCAUAGAAGGUGACCCAGAGACCAAUGAGAUCUCUCUGGAGCUCACCGGGGAUGAUGCUGAUUGGUUCUACCUAGAGGAGAAAAGCCUCAGACUCAACACUACAUUGGACCAAGUUCUUGACAGAGAGAUACAUGGUUCUGUAUUGAAGGCUGCUGUGAGCUGCUAUGAGAAUGACACAAUUCAGGUUAGUGAAUACGGGAUUAUGGUGGAGAUUCUCAAUGAGAAUGACAACGAACCAGUGUUCCUGGAGAAGACCCUUCAAGCUCGAAACAUCAGUGAGCUGACUGCAGUAAACAGCGUAGUGUUUGCACUGCGGGCUACAGAUGCAGAUGGGGACACCAUCAUUUAUAAAAUUGAUGAUUCAUCGCCUGAUGCAGAGUACUUCAAGAUUGACCUUCCCAAUAGCGGUCAAGUGCUUCUCAACAAACCUCUGGACUAUGAAAGCAAAAUAGAACUGCAUCUACGUGUCUUCGCUUUGGAAAUGAACACCAAAGAGCAUCUCAACACCACAGCAACACUAGUGGUUCAUGUGCAGGAUGGGGAUGACCAUUACCCACAAUUCCUUCCGUGUGCUAUACUGCCUCUGAGUGGUGGAGCGCAUGUGUGUGCCAACCCUGUCUACACCACCAAUAUCACAGAGAGAGACAAGGAUACAGUAUUGGACUUCUAUCCUGGCCCGGUGCAUGCAGUAGAUGGGGACGAGGGUUUAAACACACCAGUGGUCUACAGUAUCCUCUCAGGUGCUGAUAAUGGGAGGUUUUUGAUCAACUGCACCACAGGAGAGAUUACACUGACCAGACCAGUCGAGAACAGACUGCUCACUCCAUCGAUGAGGCUGAGGAUCAUGGCUGCACAGGUAGAUGACCUGAAGAAGUACAGCGUUGCCACGGCGAUAGUGAGAGUUGUGGCAGAAAACCGUUUCCCUCCCCAGUUCCAGCGCCUGGAGUACCGUGCCUUUGUUACCGAGACUACAAGCCCCGCCUCCUUUGUCCUCACCUAUGGCAAUGAGUUGUUGAUCUUACAUGCUACUGAUCAAGACUUCCCCAAUGGGAUGAACCCAAAGAUCCAAUACUCUCUGGAGACUGAGACCGAUCUCUUCUCCAUCACUAAGGAAGGAUUUCUCAUUGCCAGGGGAAACCAGCCUCCACCACCUUACACUCACCAGCUGGAGGUUUUGGCCACUGAUUUGGAGUCAGGGGAUGUGGCCAAGGCCUCUAUUAGUGUGACAGUUCUUCAUCGUGGUCAGCCAGUGCCCCACAGUCCGCUGGGCGAGGACCCCCACUAUGGGCAGGGCUCGCCUGGGCGUGCGGUGGGCGUGAUGGGGCUGUGUCUCAUCCUGCUGGGGGGCGCUGUGUGUGUGCUCGUCCGCUGGCUCCGACGCAGGAAGCGAAGGCAGGACCCCGCAGACCGUGCCAGUGUGGCACAAGGAAAACACCCUAAUGUGGUGAAUCACGGGCGUCCAGUGCCACUCCUGGAUGAGGUGGCGCUCCACAGCGAGGUGCUGGGCAACACUGACGCCUCACAGUCCUCCCUGCACGGCAGAGCGGGCGUCUACACCAUCACCUCCAACUCCACCACAUACGCCGCCGCCACCACCACCACCACACCUGGCUCCUCCGCCAUACGCUCCAAUGGGAAGGCCUCAGAGAAGCCCAUCAGCAAAGCAGUGUCCUUCCACGAUGAGGUCAUCAUCAGGGCACCUGAUGAGGUGUGUGAGGAUGUCCGAGAUGGAGGGGUGAACGCACAUGCGGUUAGAGUGGUGAACACACACACCACCAGAGGUGCCAGCACACACUCAGACAAAGGGGCGACAGACAUACCCCUGGUCUCAACGUCUACCGCGAGCGUGAAAGAGGAGAAAUACAAGGCCAAGGAUCUAGCCCCACCUUUAUCCAAGUCGGACGCCAUCUCCACCAUCUCCAGUGAGUCACGUCUGGCAAGUCAGAGCAUAAACCAAGGAGACACAACAAAAGCUGAACCUCAAACAAUUAUAAAUCAGGUACAGCCUGACCAAUCUAAUCUUGAGCAGUCUGUACCUGAGUCUACAACUCAAUCAAGCAACCACAGACCAAAUAAACCAGAUAAGAGUAUGCCCGAUGACCCAACAUCAGUUGAAUCCAAAUCAGACGUAGCAAUCCCAGAUAGGUUAACUUUAGCUACAGCAGAAGCAGAGCCCAGCCAAGAAAAACGGAACCUGAGUCCCAUCACAGAAAGCCCAUGCGAGUCUCCACCACAGACAAGCCAAGACCAGGCUUCAGCAGAGGACAAAAACCAGGACCCGCCUCAAGUGCACACGAGACAAAAGGAGGAGUCUAAACCAGAGGAGGAGGAGUCUAAACCAGAGCAGGAGGAGUCUAAACCAGAGCAGGAGGAGUCUAAACCAGAGGAGGAGGAGUCUAAACCAGAGGAGGCGACAAGGGAUGAAUCACAGCAAAGUGCGUCACACACAGAUGAUCAAACCCUGCCGACUCGAGAGACUGACGUAGCUAAAGGCCCAGGAAAUAAUGCAGAAGUACAACAUAAAGAUAGUGCGGAGGAGACGUGUACAAACAUCCCCGAACCUUCAACAGAUGCAGUAGAGCUGGCUGGUCCCAGCGCACCCAUUCCUGAACCGGACUCCAUGACCUCCUCCAUACACACUCAAGACGAGACCCUCCCGCAGGAUGCCAAACCCAGCACGGGGCCAAGCUCCGAGGAGAGAACUGCUGACCUUAACACAGGGACGACCACAGACACCAGUGGGACAGAGAGCGAAGUGGAUGCUGCAGUAGUAGACGAUAGCAACCAGGGUGGUGACCUUACAGAGCCCGGAGCAGAAGAGAGCGCUGAGGCAAAUAUAAAAACACAGGCUGCCGAUGCAGCAAGUCAAGAGAGGAAGAUCGUGCCAGAUAUCAUCAUCACUGGCACCACAGACCCCGAGGACGAGAUGGACGACACGGAGGAGAAAUUCACAAAGAUCACCAACCUGGAUGAUGACGUAACAGACGUGACCAGCACAGAUGGUCAGUGAACAGACUGUUAAGACUCCAUCAGUGACACACACACACACACACACACACACACACACACACACACACACACACACACACACACACAUGACAUGAAGAUGGAAAGGACUGAAACAAGGAAUGAUCCAGGGGAAAGCGCUUGUAUGCAGGAAAGUGUGAGUUUGUGGUAUGGACAGGGUGAGUUGGUUAUUCUAUAGCAGUAAGAUUCUCUUCACAAGAGAGGCCAAAGCAUAUAAGUAAGAACUCAAGACCACAGUGGACACACACACACACACACACACACACAGACACGCAUAAUGAGAAAGUUACUGACCUACUGGGUCAUUUGCAUUCGUAGCCUAUAUGUAUAUAAACCAUAAUGCCAUGACACACAGCCUUUUGGUCUGGCACAAGAUGAUGAGACUAUGACAUCCAGCUGGUGAAAAGUAGCAGCUACCUUUGCGCCAAAUGACAGACUGG